AUGGUACGAAAUUAUAAACGUAAAACGGAUCGUGGAACAUGGGAAGAAGACGAUAUGAGAAAAGCUGUUAGAGCUGUGCUUUCUGAGACAAUAGGAUUUCUUCGAGCCUCAACUACAUAUAACGUACCAAAAUCGACUUUGGAACGUCGAGUGAGAAAGGCUCGAUGUGCGGGUGAUGAUGCCGAUUCAGACAACGACUGUGGGAAAAAGAAAUUAGGACGCUAUAAAACAGUUUUUACUAGAGAACAAGAAGAAGAAUUAUCUCAGAACAUUAAAUCGAUGGAAACGCGCCUUUUUGGAAUAACUGGCAAAGAGCUUCGGAUUUUAGCUUUUCAGUUAGCUGAGAGAAACCAUAUUGAGAACCAAUUUAACACACAGACUGGAAUGGCUGGAGAAGACUGGCUCAGUGGAUUCCUAAAAAGGCAUCCUAAACUUUCAUUCAGACGUCCAGAGUCAACAUCUGCUGCAAGGGCUAUGGCUUUUAACAAAAUUGCAGUGAAUGAGUUUUUCACAUUAUUGGAAAGAGUUGUAGAAGAGCAUGGCCUUACCGCUGACGGGAUUUAUAACGUUGACGAGACCGCUGUUAGUACUGUGCCAAAAAGUCAAUCAAAGAUAUUGUCACUUAAGGGACAAAAGCAAGUUGGCUGCUUAUCAUCUGCAGAAAGGAGGCAAUUAGUUACGGCAGAAAUCUGUUUUAGCGCCGCCGGAACAUACAUCCCACCAAUGCUGAUCUACGCCAGAAAACGAAUGAAGAACGAGUUGCUGGAUGAUGCAACACCAGGAUUUUGCGGGACAUGUAGUGACAAUGGAUGGAUAACUUCACAAUUAUUCUAUGAUUGGUUCAAAAUUUUUGUAGAAACCGUAAAACCCACAAAAGAAAAACCAGUAUUGUAG